AACAUGGCGGCGCUGGCGUCAACUCUUCAGGACGCGCUUUCAGGCCGUAGUUUCCGAUUCCGGCCUGUCGGAGCGGGGGCUCCGGAUUGAAAAAUGGCUGAGGCGAGCGGCUUUUGGUGUGAGGAAGCCGGUGGAGGGAGUGAGGCAUUGCUGGUGAUGAAGUUGUUGAGAUUGUUGUGAUCCCCUUCGGAGAGAUGGAUCAGGAAAGCGGGCCAGAAAUGGCCGAGGUUUUGCCGGGAAAUGAAAAGAUGGGGUCAGAUCUCUGUGAGCAAGAAGCAGAAGUCCAUCGGGACAGAAAGGCAUCUUCAUCAAUAGAACCUCUUGGGGAUAACAAGGAGGAAACGCCAGGCUGCGAAGCUGGCAGCGUUUUGAUGGAGAUAGAAGGAGAGGUGGGAGACCAUUCUCCGGAUGGGAAAGGCCCAAAGUCUGUGCAGAGUGUGGAACCGUUCCAAGAGGUCAAGGAGGAGGCUGAGGAGAUGGGACUCAUCAUCCCACUGGAAGAGCGAGAAGAAGGAGGGAAGAGGAAGAAGCGGAAAGCCACGAAGCGGAAACGGGAAGGAAAAAUCCCUGAGGAAAAUGAAGGAGGGCCCUUGGAUUGCGAUCUCAAGCUGGACGACACCCUGGACAAGACUUUGGAAGAUGGGGCCAAGCAACACAACUUGACUGCUGUCAAUGUGCGAAACAUCUUGCAUGAAGUGAUCACAAACGAGCACGUGGUGGCCAUGAUGAAGGCUGCCAUCAGCGAGACGGAAGACAUUCCCAUGUUUGAGCCCAAAAUGACUCGCUCCAAACUGAAGGAAGUGGUGGAAAAAGGCGUGGUAAUUCCUACCUGGAAUAUCUCUCCUAUCAAGAAGGCCAAUGAAAUGAAGCAGCCCCCUCAGUUUGUAGACAUUCCCUUGGAGGAAGACGACGACUCCUCGGAUGAAGAGUACCAGCCGGAGGAGGAGGAGGAAGACGAGACGGCGGAAGAGAGCCUGCUGGAGAGUGACGUGGAGAGCACCUCCUCCUCGCCCCGGGGCGCCAAGAAGUCGCGAACGAGGCUGUCUUCGGACAUAAUAGAGACGGACGAGGAAGGCCCCGCACCUUUGGAGGCUGAGAAAGAGGGUGCUCCUCCCCUCCAGCGGCACAUCAGCGCCGAGGUGGUGCCGAUGGGGCCCCCUCCGCCCCCCAAGCCCCGGCAGAGCAAGGACAGCACCUUUAUGGAGAAGCUGCACGCGGUGGACGAGGAGCUGGCCUCCAGCCCCAUGUGUAUCGACUCCUACCAGCCCUUGGAAGACAGCUUGAUUGCCUUCCGCACGCGCUCAAAGCGGCCCCUGAAGGACGUCCCUCUUGGUCAGUUGGAAGCCGAGCUCCACGCGCCGGACAUCACCCCGGACAUGUACGACCCCAACACGGCCGACGAUGAAGAGUGGAAACAGUGGCUUGGGAGCCUCAUGACCGACGACAUGGAGAAUGAAGAUGAGGCGGAUGACGAUGAUGACCCUGAGUACAACUUCUUGGAGGAUAUGGACGAGCCAGAUACGGAAGACUUCAGGAAUGAUCGAGCGGUUCGGAUCACAAAGAAGGAAGUGAAUGAGUUGAUGGAGGAGCUCUUUGAGACGUUUCAGGACGAGAUGGGCUUGUCCAACGUGGAGGACGAGGGGCUGGAGGAUGAGGACAGUGCUGCCGAGGCCCGGCCGAAUUUUAACACCCCACAGGUGCUCAGGUUUGAAGAGCCCCUGGCCAACUUGCUGAACGAGCAGCACCGAACUGUGAAGGAGCAGCUGGAGCAGCUGCGCAUGAAGAAGUCUGCGGCCAAGACGCCCCAGGAGGCGGAGAAGGCCAAGCUGCGCAGCGAGAAGCCCUUGCAGGCCCUGGCCCUGGAUGCCGGGCAGAGGAAGAGGCUCCAGCAGCAGAUGCAGCAGCAUGUGCAGCUCCUGAUGCAGAUCUACCUCCUGAGCAGCGCCAACCCGAGCCUGAGCUCCGAGGCCAACACUACUCGCCUCUUGCUGACUGAACUGGACAGCUUUGCUCAGAGCUCCACGUUCCUGGCUCAGCCCCUGGGCCACAAAUUCCAAACCGCCUUCCAGCCCUGCAACCUGAGAGAAGCCCUGCAGCUCAUCACGGAUUUCCAGUCGGAUGUCAACAUUGACUGGAGCCCCCGCAAAGCCAUCAAAAAGAAUGUGAACGACUUUGUUCCCCUGCCAAAGCCAAUUGCCUGGAUCUUGGCCACCAGGAGGGUCUUCAUGCACCCAGAGCUGCUGCCCACCUGCUCCUUAAAGGCCAAAACCCCGCGGGACAAGAUCGUCUUCACAAAAGGGGAAGACAACUUGUUAGCGUUAGGACUGAAGCAUUUUGAAGGGACGGAGUUCCCCAAGCCGCUCAUCAGCAAGUACCUCCUGACCACGAAGACGGCCCACCAGCUGACGGUGCGGAUCAAGAACCUCAACAUGAACCGGGUCCCCGACAAUAUCCUCAGAUAUUACAAGACGACCAAGCAAUUGCCAGUCCUGUCCAGGCUCUGCGAGGAGGUCCAGCCCCACGACCGGAAGCCACCCCUUGAACACGAUGAACACCAUCUGCCCUUUUGGUUGAAGGCCAGUUUGCCGUCCAUCCAAGAGGAGCUGGAGAAAAUGUCCAGGGAAGCCUCCGUUCCGGGAAGUGAGCUUGCGGGACCAGGGCAGGGUCACAAGUACCCCCUGCGCAUGCCGGAGGGAGUGCAGUGGAUGCUCCGGCCCCUGAACAGCUGCCUUUUUCGGAAAACCUGGAGGCGGCAACGGCCGGCCGCAGCCAAGCCCCUCCCCGUCCGGACGGGCCUUUGCUCGCCUCCUGCUGGCGGCAACAACAACUUUUUCAAGAUGGCUGCCCGGCACCCACAGCCGGAGGCCCCUCCCAGCAAAGGGUCUGGCCGCGUCCCCCGCUUGAUCCAGCCCGCUCCGUUCCUGCAGCCCUUGCCCGUAAACCUGCAGCCCGCCCCCGGGAACGGCGCCAACUUCGAGCUCCAGGGCCUUCUCCCCACGCGGCACCCGAACCUCGGGGCCCAGAACGUGAUCCCCGCCCUCCCCGUCGCCUUCCAGCCCAAGAUGAUGCUCCCGGUGCUGAGGGUCCGCAAGCCGGGGCCCACCAGGGGGUAUCAGAAGAAGAAGGCCCCCCUCCGCGCCGCCCCCUUGCUCAAGCCUGCCCCCUUGCUCCAGCCCACGCCGGUCAUCUUCACCGUCCCGACCGCGGCCGUCAACGUGGUUGGGAUCGCCAAUGGUUGCAAUGUGUUGGCCGCGACCCCGGCAGGGAGAUCCCCGCAGCCCAUCCCCAUCACCACGCUGCUGGUCAACCCUUCCCCGUUCCCUUGUCCGCUCAACCAACCACUUGCAGUCCCGUCCGCUCCUCCUCUAGUGGUCACGUCCCCCAUGGCCUCCACGGCAGUGACGGUGGCCAAUGUCAUGGCUCCGGGGGCAGGUCCCAAUCAAGCGGAGUCGCAGGAGCCGUCCCCUUGCGCCGCAGUCUCCUCCAAGGAACACGAUGCGCUCUGGUCCUCUGACGCCAACACAGUGGCCCCCGUGGAGACCUCUGUGGAGAUGAUGGAAGAGAAUGCAGGCCCGAUAGAAAAGAUCCAAGAUGACUCUAGUGAAGCUGAACCUCUUCCAGAGACACCAAGCUCUGUGGGGCCCCUUCUGAACGAAGAUGUGGUGCUGGGCCUUGGGCAGGAGCUGGACAUCGAGCCUCCACCCAGGCCUGCGGAGGAGCCCAAGGAGAGUCCUCGCAAGCAGGGCUCCAGUGAGGAAGGGAAGGGAGACCUCGGGGCGAGCACAGAAAGAACCCCUUCUCCUUGCAAGGAUACCUCCAGCGCCCCUGAGUCUGUGUCCUCCCAACCCAAGCCGGAAGGUGGGCCCAGUCUGCCGGUCAGCCAGGAGGCGGGUGGAGAGAAAGACGGACCCGAGGAGGAGGAAGAGGAGGACUUCGAUGAUUACAUUCACGACGAGGAAGAUGAGGAAAUGUCGUCAGCUUCGGAAGAAUCUGUGCUUUCUGUGCCGGAACUUCAGGAAACGAUGGAGAAGCUGACCUGGCUUGCGUCGGAGAGGCGUCUGAGCCAAGAGGGCGACUCGGAGGAGGAGAAUUCCCAGGAGGAGAACUCUGAGCCUGAGGAAGAGGAGGAGGAGGAGGAGGAAGGGGAGAACCUGGAGAGCCUGCAGAAGGAGGACGAGAUGACCGACGAAGUGGCCGAUCCCGCAGACAGGCCUGCGCUGUCUCUCACCUUGACCUGCACUGUCCCGGAGGUGGAGCCCAGGCGCUCCCCACCAGGGGAAAACGCCAAAGCGCCUGGGAAGAGCCGGAACUCGUAUCGAACCCGGGCCAAGCGAGGCCGGUCUCGCGCCAGCAAGGACACCUCCAAGCUGUUACUUCUCUAUGACGAAGACAUCCUGGAGCGAGACCCUUUGCGGGAGCAGAAGGACUUGGCCUUUGCGCAGGCCUACCUCAGUCGGGUGCGCGAGGCCUUGCGGAGUGUGCCGGGGAAGUACGAAGAGUUUCUGCGCAUCAUUUACGAGUUUGAGAGCAACGCCCAGAAGCAGACGGCCGUCGACCUCUAUGCGCAGCUACGGAGCGUGCUGCAGGGAUGUCCCCAGCUGCUCACGGACUUUGCGGCCUUCCUCUUGCCGGAGCAAGCCCUGGAGUGCGGCCUGUUUGAGGAGCAGCAAGCGUUUGAGAAGAGCCGGAAGUUCUUGCGGCAGCUGGAGAUCUGCUUUGCUGAGAACCCUUCUCACCACCAGAAGAUCAUCAAGGUCCUGCAGAGCUGUGCAGAGUGCCUGCCCCAGGAGAUCGUGGAACUGAAGACCCAGAUGUGGCAGCUGCUGAAAGGUCAUGAUCACUUGCAGGACGAGUUCUCCGUUUUCUUCGACCACUUGCGCCCUUCCGCCAGCCGCUUGGGAGACUUUGAGGAAAUUAACUGGACGGAGGAAAAGGAAUACGAGUUCGAUGGGUUCGAAGAAGUCUCCUUGCCAGAGGUGGAAGAAGAGGAGGAACCCCCCAAAAUGCACACGGCCUCAAAAAAUAAGAGGAGGAAGGAACUUGGGGGCCAGAACACUGACAAGGAGCUGGAGUGGGCGGAGGGGGCGAAGGAAUGCUUCUGCUCUUGCCACGAGGCCACCGGCGACCUCCGGAUGAAGCGGAGCAAGCGGAGGAGCUGCAGCCAUUGCAGCAACAAGGCCGCGGAGGGCAAGCUCUUCAAACAGAAAGACACCCAGGAGCUUGCAGAUGGCCUGGGGCCGCAGGAGGCGAGCCUUUGCCCCGAAGGGAAGGAUCCUGUGGAGGAGAGACUGGAGCUGAGAGAAGAUGGGGAGCUCCCCCUGAACAGGAUGAGGUCGGCAGCCAGGCGGGCAGAUCCUUCCGGAGCAGGGCCUCGUACGGAAGGAAAGCCACCCUCUUGCAAAGACGUCCCUUCGGAAGCGAAGACCCCGUCAGAGCCGUGCUCUGUGCCAGACCCUCCCGCCGCUACUCUUGCUACCUCCGCCUUCUCACCGAAAGCCCCUCAGCCCAGAAGCAGCCCCACCGGAGUGAGAAGUGAAGUUGGAGUCGCCCUGAGGAGUGACGAGGCCUCCUCGGUCCUUUGCAGAGACAUUUCGGAGCCUGCGACACGUGGAGCCACCAGUCCACAGAACAACAAACGGACAGAAUCCGACCCCGUCCCUUCUUCUCGGGUCCUUCUCCGGGACACCGAGAUGGAGAACCGGCCGUCCUCUCCGGAGACGAGGGCUUUGCGCUCCAAAGACACAAACGGUGGCUUGCAGGCUCAAGCAGGAGGGUCUACGGAGGGACUGGGUGCAAGUGGCUGCUCACUGGAGCUUUUGCCCACGGCCGGAGGGAGGGAAGGCUCUGUCAUGUUGCAGAGAGCGGCUGAGGCCACCGUCUGCGCCAAGAACAUCAAGGUCAGCUCCACCGGAGAGAAGGUUGUCCUGUGGACCAGAGAAGCCGACCGGGUUAUUCUGACCACUUGCCAGGAGCGAGGGGCCACGCCGGACACCUUUGGGGCCAUCUCGCAGCGCCUGUGCAACAAAACAGCGGACGAGGUUUCCCACCGGUUCAGGGAGUUGAUGGCUCUCUUCCACACGGCCUGCGACGUCAGCUCCGAGGACGAGGACGACGGCCUGAGCAUCAGCCACACCGACCAGCUGUCGGAUAAGGACCCGGUCCUCUCCGAGGAGGAGCAGGAGGAGCCGGGCUUCGGGUAAAGAGAGGCCACCGCGGUCUCUUGCAAAGCACACCUCAGAGACAUUCCCCUCCUCGGCCCUUUUUGAAAGGCAGAGGAGGGAAGGAAGUUCUGUGGAGAGCAACUGAUGUAAAUAUUUUAAUGGGAGGGAAAUAAUAAAUGGUCUUCGGUGA